UAGUCGCCCCACAAGAGAAACGGCCAGUCUAUUGUCAUUUUCGAGUCAACCUUGUUGACCGGCAAUUCAGCCAAGACCGCCUGCUAAUGAGAAGCCAAGAUUUCUCCGUUCAGAGAAAGUCUUAGGAGUUGCUAACUCACCUUGUCAAAACCAGAGUUUCCGAAAGAAAGAGCAACGAAAGAUGAGUUGCAUAAUCGGAAACUUAGAAAUGUUUCCUCUUAUUUUGCUUCUUUUCUCUGUUUCGUUAGGCCCCUCUUCGUCCGUAAGCACCAACACCAUCUUUCCCGGCGAGUCACUCUCCAGAAACCGGACAUUAAUAUCUAGAGGAGGAACGUUUGAGAUGGGUUUCUUUUCACCAGGUAACACUGGUAAACACUACAUUGGCAUUUGGUACAAAGGAUUACCUCAAAAGACUGUGGUUUGGGUUGCGAAUAGGAACCGUUCGGUGUCCGACCCUUUCUCCUCAGAGUUGAAGCUCCUCCGGGACGGUAAUUUAGUCAUAGUCGCUUCAUCCAAGUGUCAAAUCUGGUCGACCAGCUUGACAACGCUCAUGCCUAAUUCGACUUCAGGAGUGCUCCUUGACAGUGGAAACUUCAUUUUAAGGAAGAAAUCCAAUGUGUCUAGCGUUGUUUGGCAGACUUUCGAUCAUCCCACUGAUACGUGGUUGCCAGGUGCUAAGUUUGUCUAUAGUUCACGUACGUCUGAACGGACAGUUUUGGUGGCUUGGAGAGAUUUAGAUGAUCCAGCACCGGGGAUAUACUCUGCAGUCCCGGAAGCAGAAGAAAAAGUUGAGUUAGCACUAUUUAACAGGUCCGUAGCCUACUGGCAUAGUGGCGACUGGACUGGGGCCAAUUACGGGCAUCAGCCUUCACUGACACUGGAUAACGUGAUAAACUUCACCUUUGUUUUGAAUGAGAAUGAGACCUCCUGCAUAUAUUUCUCAGUUGCUCCUUAUAAUCUUUCUAGGAUUGUAGUCGAACCGACAGGGCUGCUCAAGCAAUUAGUAUGGGCAAAGCAUGUCCAGGAAUGGAAAGUGCUUUGGAGACAUCCAGCAGAAACGUGUGAGAUUUAUCCCUUUUGUGGUGCUUCUUCUAACUGCAAUCAGAGCAAUGUACCGCUUUGUAAUUGCGAUCUUGGAUACUUAGAUGAUCUGAAACUGGAAGAUCAUCUGGGCCAAUGCAAGACAAGAUCUGCUUCGGAAUGUAGUGAUGACAGGAAAGAUGAUUUUUUCCUCAUGCCUUACAUACAGUUGCCGAAAAAUUCUUAUGAGUUCAUGGUCGAAAACAUUGAAGCAUGCAGGUUAUUGUGCUUGAGCAACUGUUCGUGCAGUGCAUAUGCUUAUACUGCUGACUGUCAGAUAUGGACGGAUGAGAAGUUUUUGGUUCAACGUUUGGAUGAUGAUGAAAUUGUGAGAGAUUUUUAUGUCCGGAUCGCGGCAUCAGAUUUGUUGAAGGAGCGUAAGCAAAAGAGGAAACCAGUUUCGAAUUCCAUAACAGCAGUUGUAGUUGUGUCUGCAGCUUUUCUUGUGGUCCUUAGUGUGUCGCUGGUGAUUAAUAGGACAAGACGGUCUGAUCGUACAGCGGACUGCCAUCUGACGCAUUUUGAAUAUCGAGUUCUGAAGAAGGCAACAAAGAACUUCUCUGAGAAAAUUGGGGAAGGCGGGUUUAGUUCUGUUUUCCGGGGAGCACUUCCAGACUCAACUCCUAUAGCGGUGAAGAAACUUUUGAACCAAAACCAAAGUAACAAACAGUUCCUUGCGGAAGUCAGAACUAUAGGAACAGUACAGCACGUCAAUGUGGUUCGACUGCGGGGUUUUUGUGCUGAAGAAUCAAAAAGGUUCCUUGUAUACGAGUACCUUGCAAAUGGUUCGCUCGCAGCUCGUUUGUUUCAGAAAGGUUCCAACACCAUCGAUUGGAAAACCAGAUACCGCAUCGCCAUCGGGACUGCUAAAGGAUUGGAGUACCUCCAUGAGAGGUGUCGAGAUAGCAUCAUCCACUGCGACAUCAAACCGGAGAAUAUACUGUUGGAUUCAGAACUUGAACCACAGAUUGCUGAUUUCGGCCUUGCGAAGAUUGUGGGACGGGAUGUCAGCCGUGUCAUUACCACCAUGAGGGGAACCAGAGGGUACCUCGCACCAGAAUGGUUUUCAGGAGGAGCCAUCACAUCGAAAGUGGACGUUUUCAGCUACGGAAAGCUGCUAUUUGAACUCAUUUCAGGAAAGAGAAACAUUGAGGAGCUGAACAGUGAUAUGCACUAUUAUGUCCCGCUUCAGGUAGCUAAUUCAAUAGCCAAAGGAGAAGAAGUCUUGCCACUCGUGGACCGCAGAUUGAACGGACUCGUGGAGAUGGAAGAAGUGUGCAGAGCAUGCAAAGUAGCUUGCUGGUGCAUCCAAGACAGCGAGAAAGACAGACCAACAAUGUCUCAGGUGGUUCAGAUUUUGGAGGGGGUGCUGGUAGUAGAAAAGCCUCCAGUCCCAAGAACUUUGUUGCAACUUCUAGGAAGUUAAAAGAGUGAAGCAUAAAAGAAAGCACUAUGUACUUUCUUUUAUAAUUUAUGGGCGCUGUAGCCCCAAUUCGUACUCUUUGAGUCUCUACAGUUACAGGUAUGUACCUCUGUGGCCGAGGCCACUCGAAACGUAAAGACACUGAUGUACUGAAUGGUCUUGAAUCUUCAUCAUGCUUACCAGACUCUGUAGGUUACGACCAUUUGCUA